AUGGCAUUUUUUGAUCCAAGAAAAGAGAUCAUUGUAAGGGUCGAAGCAAGUUUUUAUCAGGGAUUAUCAGCAGGACUAUUUCAGAAAACUACAAAAGGCAUUCAACCAGUACAUGACAUUAGUCGAUCCCUGACAGACACAGAGAAGCGGUAUAGCCAAACUGAAAAAGAUGCGCUUGCAGUCAAGUGGGCAAAGAAUAGAUUUCGCAUUUAUUUAUUGGGAGCACCAAAGUUCAAAAUAAUUUCAUCACACAAACCACUUAUACCUAUGUUUAAUAAAACUUCUACAAAAUUACCACCUAGAAUUGAAAAAUGGGUAAUGGACAUGCAAGAUGUGGAUUAUGAACUGAUAUAUGAGCCAGGGAAAGAUGCAGCUGAUCCCAUGGAUUAUUUAUCAAGACAUCCCUUGCCUGAAACAGAGACAGACGAUACAGAAGCAGUGGUCAAAUUAAUUGUUGAAAAUGAAUACGGUAUUGUGCUAGAUAGAAUACGAAAGGCCACAUCAGAGGAUAUCCUUUUACAGGAUGUUUUAUCAAGAAUGAGAUUAAACGAUUGGGAGAAACACAAGAAAAGACCAGAUUUGAAACCAUUCUUUUUGAUCAGACAUGAUCUAUACACCGCACAUGACCUUCUGUACAGAUCACAACAAAUAGUCAUUCCAGAAAAGUUACAACCAGCAGUCAUAAAAGCAACACAUAAUAUGGGCCAUUUUGGUAGGACAAAAACAAAACAGAUGCUGAGAGCAAAAUAUUGGUUUCCGUUACUAAAUGGAAUGGUUGAAGAUGCCAUUAAGAGAUGUUAUGAAUGUCAAAUUACAACAAAAGAGCACAAACAAGAGCCAGUUAUAUCAUCUGAAAUACCAGAGACGGAAUGGCACAUGGUUUCAGUAGAUUUUGGCGGACCUUAUCCUGAUGGACACUAUAACCUGGUGGUAAUUGAUAAAAGAAGCCGAUUCCCAGUGGUAGAGCACACAACAUCAACAUCAGCUAAGGUUGUUAUUGAAAGACUUAACAGAAUGUUUGCAUCCUACGGAAUACCAGAGAGGAUUGAAUCUGAUAACGGACCACCUUUUAAUUCAAUGGAAUUCGCAAACUUUGCGUAG